AUGGCGACGAAUAUUGAGAGUUAUACGCAUCGUAUUGGUCGUACUGGACGUGCUGGGAAGAGUGGUAUUGCGAUUACGUUCUUGGGCAACGAGGAUUCUGAUGUCUUAUACGACCUCAAACAAAUGCUUAUGAAAUCCUCUAUUUCCCGCGUCCCUGAAGAACUCCGUAAGCACGAGGCCGCCCAGUCGAAGCCCGUACGAGGUGGCUCCGCGUCACAGAAGAAGAUCGAGGAGAGCAGUGGCUUUGCCGGGAAGGGAGGUGGAGCUGGGUGGGUAUUAGGGACAAGAUGA